ACCUGCGCAGGAUGGAGUACGCGGUGCGCGGACCGCUGCACGUCAGGGCACUGGAGCUCGAGAAGGAGCUGCAAAAGGUGAGGGCUAAAUUUGAGCUGGAGCGAGUGAACUUUGUCAAGGGCGAGUGGCGCGUACACCGCCGCUCCAGGGCAGAAUGAAGUCUUCUCUCAGAGCUGAGUACGCGCGCAAAAAGAAAGGGCAAGAUAUAUAGCGGCGAGAAGUUGCGCGACAUGUAACACAGCAGUUACGUGCCUCGAAUGUAAAAAACACUGAACAGGCGCGAACGGAAGAGCAAGAGAGGGGUGGAAAAGAGACGAUGAUGCGAGGUUGCAUAGUGAAACGUCAAGUAUCAAAAGGGCGUUGAGAAACCCUUUAAAGAGGUAAUCAAGGCGAACAUGGGGGACGCCCACGCUAUGGGUCAGCGGCCCAUCACGUUCCUGCGGCAGGUGCUCACCCUGACGAUUUUGCCGAAUCUGCUGGACGACCCGAGCUACCCGGAAGACGCGAAGAAUCGCGCCCGGAUAAUCCUAGGCGAUUGCCACGGAGGCAGCGUGGGCUCGUACGUCGUGGAGACGAUCGGCAUCGAGUGCGUACGCAAGCACGUUGCACAAUACAUUCAGGAUCGCGACGGCGGUAUCCCCUCCGAUUACCACGACAUCAUCAUCACGAAUGGGGCUACUCACUGUAUUAUGUCAUUUCUGAAGCUAUUCCAGGAAAUAAUCGACGACAAACCGUCCGGUGUGCUGGUCCCGAUUCCUCAGUAUCCUCUGUACUCGGCGACUACAACGGAGUUCGGUCUCACCCAGAUCAAAUAUUAUCUGAAUGAGGACAACAAGUGGUCGUUGGAAAUCAGCGAACUGGAACAUGCCCUGGAAAAGGCUAAAGGCACGUGCAAUCCUCGCGUCCUGGUGGUGAUCAACCCCGGUAAUCCGACCGGUCAAGUACUGACUCGCAAGAACAUCGAGGACGUAAUCCGCUUCGCACAUAAGCAUCACCUGUUCCUGCUGGCCGACGAGGUCUAUCAGGACAACGUAUACGACAAAGACAGCGCGUUCCAUUCCUUUAAGAAGGUCAUGAUGGAGAUGGGCGAACCGUAUUCGAAUAUGGAGCUUGCGUCGUUCAUGUCGAUCUCAAAAGGAUACAUGGGCGAGUGUGGGAUGCGCGGUGGCUACGCCGAGAUCAUCAACAUGGAUCCGCAAGUGAUGAAGAUGAUGUUGAAGACUCUCUUACCGUGCUCUAACGUGCUCGGCCAGGUCGUGUUGGACGUCGUGGCGAAUCCGCCGCGACCGAACGAGCCGUCGUACAGGCAAUUCGAGAUGGAGAAGAAGGAAAUCCUGCGCUCCCUGGCAGAGAGAUCGCAGCUUGUCGUCGACACGCUCAACAGUAUUCCAGGAUACAAGGCGAAUCCACCGAUGGGCGCGAUGUAUGUUUUCCCACGCUUCGAGCUGCCACCGAAGGCGAUUGAAGCGGCGCGUGCAAAGGGCCAGGAACCGGACGUCUUCUACGCGUUCAAACUGUUGGAGAGCACCGGGAUCUACGUGCUCCCGGGCUCGUACUUGGGCCAGAGAGCCGGCACGAAUCACUUCCGAACCACGAUACUGCCGCAAAAAGAGAAAUUAAAAACAAUGCUUGAAGCAUUAAAGCAUUUCCACAUCAAGUUUCUUAAAGAAUACAGUUAAAUUUAAAUAAUAAUAGUAUAUUUUCUAUGCUGAGAAAGCAUAAAGAAUAAGAAUAGAAGAAAUUUGUGAGGGCCAAUUUUCAGUCCGAACGCGUCGUGUAAACGUAAAUUAUUUUUACUACGGUUAGUAUUAUUACUCAUUAUAAGAGACGAUUGUUGCAUACGAAGUUAUUAUCGAGUUGUGUAGAAAUCGUGGCAAGGCUCUAAAUUGUUGUAUGUAAAUGUAAAUGUAAAUCACUGCUGAAGAAUGUUUGUACAUAUCUAUAGAGAUCGUUAUUCCGAUCAUCAACUAACGAUCAAUAUUAUAUAACAGUUAACAAAGAGAAUUGUUUAAAUAUUGUUGCAGUUAACAACUAUUUUUUCUUUUCAUGCAAUUUUCUAUUCUUUCCCAUCUAGUUUCCAUGAAGUUAAUUUUUUCUCUCAAAGUUAAUUGUUCUUUUUUUAUCACUCGACAAUGUACAGAAUGAAGUUCUGUUGUGCGUUUCUCACACGCUUUUUUAUUCUAGGAUGAUUAUAAUAACUAAAUUCAUUCAUAUAUGCAUUAUAAAUGCAUAAGAUAUGAAUGAAAAUUGAAGAGGAAAAAAAUAAUAUAAAGAACUUAUUUGAUCUCAUUGUGGAAGGAAUGCGGUAGACCGUAAUAUAAUUGAAAUUAAAUGCGUUAUACAUAAAUUAAAGAGAAAAUUAAGA